AAAAAACAAAAAAAUUAAUGAAAAAGUUUUGUAAAUUCGGCCAGGAAGAGAAAAGAAAGAUAACUUGUUCUAUUAGAAGAUAAUACUGCAGAAAGAGCCUUUUCCUACCGAGCGAGGCCAUUCUGAGCUGCACUAUUUUGCAUCGAUGGUGGAGCACGAUGAGCGAUCUGUGUCGGUUGUGUUUGAAGAAGAGCGAGCUGUUCGGGUUCACCGCCAUCACCUCCGCAGAUGGCUUACUGCGCAAUCUGCCUAAAAUGCUGCGAGAGUGCAUGUCGAUCGAGGUGAGCGACACCGAGCCGCCGCUGUUUUCCAAGUACAUCUGCCAGGAUUGCCUCUUCAAGCUCGAGCUGUUCGCAACGUUCCGUGAAACCGCGUUGAAAAACCAGGAAUACUACUAUGGUCUCUUGCUAUACUUUCCCACUACAGCAACCUGCUCUUCGACGGAACCGGUAGCCGGCAACGAUUGUGUGCAGUACUGUAUGGAGGGCCAACUGCAACCUCAACAGCCAACGACGAGCCAAGUGGCGCACUCGAAUCAGCAAGCGGUAGAUGAUGCGCAGCACCAUCAAAUCCUGGCCGAUAUUAAUUUCACUGGCAACGAGUUUAUGAUGGACGAGUCGGAAAAGUCCCAACUGAAUCGGGACUAUGACGACAUCAUGCGUAGCCUGCAAAAAGAAGAUCUAGAUUUCACGACGAAUGGUGAUGAUUUCGAACAACACGGCUUGGAGAUGUCUAUUCAUAAAAAUGAGGAUGAUAAGUAUUCCGAACAUGUAGUAAAGCAAGGUUUGACGAUCCAACCACAAGAUGAACAGCAUCUGGUGCAUCAUCGUCCUGAAGAACAGUUACAUCCAUUACAAACGGCAACUCAAGUAAACGCAUGCUUCGAUCCUUAUGUCGAAAUCGGAACAUCGAUCACUACCCAAGAGAGUAUGCACCGAGCCGAGACUACCGCAGACGAUAACGACAUCAGCUACGAUGAUUUCGCAGGGUUGAAGACACCGUCGGAUGGUCAUCAAGAAUCGUCCAUAAGCGAUAUACAGGUCCAACGAUUAAGCAUGGACCCUGUACAUGGUGAGGACCACAUCAUCAAUCAGUCAAUGAUUCCCGGACAUGAUGCUUCUCAAUCGAUUGUCGUUUCGUCGACCAUUGAACUAGACCCGCAAUCUGUUCAAUCGAUUCGUGUGAGCGAUGACUCCGACGAUGGGUUUCCUCAACCGAGUGUACCGGAAACGGUUCCCGGUAGCAUAAACCGUACCUCGGAAGUGUUUGCAUUGGACGGUAAGACUUGCGAUGUGUGCUUCAAAACGUUCCACAGUCGGCAGAAGCUGAAAGUGCAUCGCAACACACAUUUGCGAUUGGCAGCGUUCAAGUGUUCCUUCGAUGGGUGCUCAAAAGCGUUCAAAUCCCGCAUCGGUCUCGAAGAGCAUCUCGCACGGCAUACGAACACUUUUGAGUUUUUCUGCGAUAUCUGCUCGAAGGGUUUUCAAAACCGUAGUUAUCUGUCCGCGCACCGUCGGGCGCAUAAUCUGGAACGACACUUCCAGUGCAACCUGUGUGAACAAACGUACAAAUCGAAGCAAGCGUUGCAAGAUCAUCAGAAUCGACAUCUGGGGCUAAAGCCGUUCAGCUGCGAUCAGUGCGAUAAACAGUUCACCAAUAAAUCGCUCCUCCAGGCGCAUAUUCAGCAGCACCAUCGGGCAGAGGUGCGCUAUCCGUGCGAGGAGUGUGGCAAAAGUUUCACUUCACGCAGCUAUCUAACCGUCCACCGCAAGAUCCAUCGCAAUGAGCGUGCGUUCAUCUGCGAGGUUUGCAACAAAGCGCAUCUCACGCGCAAAGACCUGGAAAUACACAUGACAAAGCAUACGGGUUUGAAGCCGUAUGUCUGUGAAAUCUGUGGCAAAGAUUUCGCUCGCCGCAAUGCUAUGUACUCGCAUCGGCGCACACAUACUAAGGAGCGCCCCUACAGCUGUGAUAUCUGUGGACAAUCGUUUUCCCAACACACCCCGCUUCAGGUACACCGUCGGAUGCACCUGGGAACGGGCAAUACAUCACUUAAGAGCCAGGAACAGCAGCAGCCACAGCAGCAGCUGCAGCAACAUCAUCAGCAGCAAGAAUCAUUUGAGUGGAUUUGCACGAUGUGUACGAUUAGCUUCUCGACUGAGCAAUCCCUCGAUGCCCACAUUAGAGCGGAACAUACGCAAUAAAUUGAAAUCAAAAAUCGAAAUCGACUA